CUUCACUGACACUGCUCAGUCGCAAAGUAGAAUUCUUCCUAGACAAGAUUUCCAGCCUAACAAAAAUUAAUUUCGCCACACACCGAAAUCUCCCCCCCAAAAAAAAAAAAACAAUUUCUAUAUUCGUCUCCACCUUCUUUCCCUACGGAAAAAACAUUUUCUAUAAUCAGUUUGCUCCCUUUUUUUUUUUUUUUUUUUUUAUUAUCUUUUCUUUCUUCUUCUCCUGAUAAAAAAAUACUUUUUUUUUUUUUUCAAAUAAAUCACCUUUUUUACAUACCCUAUAUUUCCCUUUGUUCUCGUGAUUUUUUUUUUUUUUUUUUCCAAGUUUCCCGACCACCUUUUAUUUCUUUUUUUCCGGUGGUUGAUGCUAACAUGCGCAGGGUGCGGAUGGUAUGAAAUAUUGUUCGGUUCAAAUUCGUAACUUCGUCAGUUUCGUCGGAUGGAGUUCUGACCUGGCGGAACCGGUGGAACUGAUGCUAACGUGCGCCAGGUGCGCGUGAUAGUAACUAUUAUUGCUCGGUGGAGUUUCCAACGUGGUAACAGCGGUGGGUUGAGACUAACGUGCGUAGGGUGCGCGUCAUUAGGAAAUAUUGUUCGGUUCAUAUUCGAAAAGCGGUUGCGUUGUGAUUUUUAAAAAUUCGAAUAAUUUGAGCCGUACACGUGGAGACUGAGAGUGCUGAGAACCGUACACGUGUGAGGAUGUGGGGCACGUGGGAAGAACUAAUCCUAGGUGGCGCUGUUCUACGGCAUGGAACACAAGAUUGGAACGUCGUCGCUUCGGAACUUCGUUCUCGUACUAUCUAUCCUUGCUACUUCACCCCUCAGGCUUGCAAAGCCAAGUAUGAGGAUUUGCAAAAACGCUACUCUGGCUGCAAUGCUUGGUUUGAAGAGCUAAGAAAGAGACGAGUUGAAGAACUGAAGCGAGAAUUGGAGAAAUCUGAAAGCUCAAUCGGGUCUCUCCUCUCAAAGAUUGAAAGCCUGAAGGCUGAGAAAGAUGGUUCCAGUCACACUGAACCGCCCACUGCUCUUGUAAAGUCGGAAUACACGGAAUCAUUUGGCAAAGAUGGCAUAUCUGCUGGCAGCUUCACAAUAGACACUGGGACCAAUUAUUCCCCCGAGUUUGAGAGUCCUGCAGUAGCCUCGGCUAAAGAGAUAGAUUCAAAGCUAGAAUAUUCCGAGCCUGAUGAGCGAAAUGAAAUUCCAAGGAAGUCAGCAGAGAUUGCCGAUGGAAAUGGUGGGGCUUUGAGGAAGAGAAAACGGAAAGAUUCCAUUUUGGAUAGCAAUGAAGGAAGCAUCGAGGAGAGUGACAAUGUGCGUUCAAUCAGUGGCAUCUCCACCACAGAGGAUAGUAAAGGAGGAUUAUCUAGAUUGAUGGAUAAUGAUUUGAUGGCAAUUUUCAAUUCCAUUAUACAGAACGAAGAGGCUAUGGUCUUUAGGCAUCGUCGCGAUAGUCAGAAGAGAGCUAGAUAUAAGGAAAUGAUCAAGCAGCAUAUGGAUAUUGAAACAGUAAGAUCAAGAUUAGUCAGGUGUUCCAUCAAAUCACCAGGUGAACUCUUUAGAGAUUUACUUUUGCUAGCAACCAACGCCAUUGUGUUUUACUCGAAGCGGACGAGAGAAUACAAGGCGGCAAUGGCCCUCAGAGACAUCAUCAUUAAAGCGCAUCGGGACCAUUAUAAAAGCUCUUACCACACAGCUAAGAAACCAAGAAGUGCUCGCCUUCACCCCUCCAAAUUCAAAAUUCAAGCAAAGUCUUGCAACAAUGUAAAUAGAAAUGCUGAUUCCGAGGCUCCUUUGCAGUCAUUGUUCGCUGCUAAGAAAGGGUUAAAGGGACAUAGGAAGUUCAAGUAUGGAUCGGUUGAUGGAUCUGUUAAUAGAAGAACUAACGUACCAGGAAAGGAAGAUACACGACGUAAAACUCCGGUUAAGGAGGACCAUCGGUCUGAGGUAGUAAUGAAGGAAAGAAAAAGAGCUCGCAAAGGUGAUUUGCAGGUUGCAUAGUCCUCUUUUUUGUGUACAAAUUUUCUUCUUUUGCUCCUCUAUCUUUCAUGAUCAUUUUGCAACUGAACUAUGUGAUGUGAAAGUCAUUUCAAGUGGCAUCUACUGAAGCUGACAAGUUGUUCAGAGAAAAAAAAAAAAAGGAACAGAAUUGAAGAAGUAA